AUGACCCCAGCUAAGGCAAGUGCCAAGUGCUCCACCAACGGAGGAGCAAACCCAGGCAUCAGCAGAUGCUGGGUGGAGGAAAGCUGCUGGAAAGCAGCUGUGCUCAAAAAGGCCCUGGGGGUCCUGGUGGACAGCAAGUGGAGCCUGAGCCAGCAGUGUGCCCUUGGCACGAAGGAGGCAAGCGGCAUCCUGGAUGGAGAUAGAUGGAGAGUCGCCAGCAGGCUGAGGGCCAUAAUUGGGGUUUUAGUUGUUAACUUUUAUUUCCGUGCCUGCACGUUUCAGACGGCGUGCCAAAAAAAUGCAAAGGGACAGGAGUUGUUUGACCAGAUUGUGUAUCAUUUGGACCUUGUAGAAACGGAUUACUUUGGCCUGCAAUUCAUGGAUGCUUCCCAAAUUACACACUGGUUGGACCAUUCAAAAUUCAUUAAGAAGCAAAUAAAAAUUGGACCUCCGUACACGUUGCAUUUUCGAAUUAAGUACUACUCGUCAGAACCGAACAACCUUCACGAAGAGUUUACAAGGUACCUGUUUGUACUACAGCUCCGGCAAGACAUUCUUUCAGGGAAAUUGAAAUGCCCAUACGAAACUGCUGUUGAACUAGCAGCUCUGUGUCUUCAAGCUGAGUUGGGAGAGUGUGAGCACCCUGAGCACACACCAGAGCUCGUGUCUGAAUUCAGAUUUGCACCAAACCAGACUGAAGCAAUGGAAUUUGACAUUUUUCAGAAAUGGAAAGAGUGCAGGGGAAAGAGCCCGGCGCAGGCUGAAUUGUGCUACUUGAACAAAGCUAAAUGGCUAGAAAUGUAUGGUGUAGAUAUGCAUGUAGUUAAGGGAAGAGAUGGUUGUGAAUAUGCUCUUGGACUGACACCAACAGGCAUAUUGAUCUUUGAAGGAGCCAACAAAAUAGGCUUAUUCUUUUGGCCUAAAAUCACAAAAAUGGACUUCAAAAAGAGCAAACUAACGCUUGUGGUUGUAGAAGAUGAUGAACAGGGCAGAGAGCAAGAGCACACAUUUGUUUUCCGGUUAGACAGUGCCAAAACGUGCAAACAUUUGUGGAAGUGUGCGGUGGAGCACCACGCUUUCUUCAGAUUGCGAGCCCCAGCAAAUAGUAAAUCUAGUAGAUCCGACUUCAUAAGGCUGGGAUCACGCUUCAGAUUCAGUGGGAGGACAGAAUAUCAAGCAACACACGGGACGAGAUUACGCAGAACUAGUACAUUUGAAAGAAGGCCCAGCAAGAGAUACCCUUCUCGGAGGCAUUCCACUUAUAAGGCAAACAAUCCUGUGAAAGCAGCACAACUGUGUGCUAAAAAUACUCCUGAAGUCCAUAACUAUCAGCCCCCCUAUCAUCCUAAUAUACAUCCUGCUCAGCCACACUGGCAUCCACACACACCUGUGAAUGUAAGCUAUCCGUUGAACAACAGCGAUCUGCAUCCGUUCAACAUUGAGGAGAAUGGUGGAACUCCAUAUACCACAAAAAUGGCUGCAAGGCACCACCACCACCAUCGGCAUCACCACCACCACGCCAAUUAUGGUGCCCUUGCUCCCGAAAGCAAGGACAUUGUUUCUGCAGUUCCAAAUCCAACCAAACUGAGCUCAGGACUUCCCCUUCUUUAUGAUGAAACCUCUCAUCUGAAGAAAAUAGAAACGGAGAGUGUGAAGGUAGUUGGACCAUGGCCAGCCCUGCACGUCAGCAUGAACAAGGCUGAAGAAAAGAAGGUAUCAGAAAAGACGCUUCAUGCCCCUGUGUCACCUUCAUCUGUACCUGACCAUUUGAAGUGCAACAUCCUCAAAGCUCAAGUGGAAGCUGCUUUUAGAGUAGGUGCCCAGGCUGUGAAAGAAGAGACCUCUUUUGUAAAUCCCAGUAAGACCUCCAGUCUGCAGGACCCUAAUGUAAGAAGUCCAGCUCCAGUGAGGCCUGAAACUACACCAACAACUGUUCCUACAGAAAAGCAGGAGGUUAAAGCUCCCCGUGUGAGGAAGUUAACGAGGCAGUACAGUUUUGACGAAGAUGACCUUCCUCCAGCACUGGCAGCAGCAGCAGCAGCAUCAACACCUGUGUCUUCAACAUCUCCAGGGUCACAGAAAACAUGUACGCCACAAACAUCAGAAGGCCAAGCACAGGUUUCGCCCGGUGGCAAGAGUUCCACAGAUGCUGGGAGUACAUUUGCUUUGGAGCCAGGUGACCUCCUGAUGGAUUUCACAGAGGCCACACCAAUGAUAAAGACAUUCCCUGCUGAUACAUCUAAUCCUUUUUUCGAUCCCUUUACAACAGUACCACAGUUUUCUGCAGAAUUUUCAGACAGCAAGUUACAAUGCUGUGGGGUGCAGUCAUCUCCUAAGAUUACGCUGGUGUCUCCAUCACCUGUCCUGAGGUCUCUGGCAGAGACUAUACCGACUCCAACAGUCCAGACAGUAUAUACGUCGCAUAAGCCAAUUUCGCUGGCAGACAGUGCUGAGACUCUGAGGCGUGAACUUGAGAGAGAGAAAAUGAUGAAAAGACUCUUGAUGACAGAAUUAUGAAACUCGCACUUCCAUCAGAUGGAGAAUGGAUUGGGGCCUUUCAUGUGCCUUCUGUCUGUUUACAUUCCUCUGCUUCUGUGUACUCAACAUAAUGCAUCGGGAAAAUGUGUGAUAUUCCUGGCUCGCCUGGAUUCACCGCGGUUGGUUAAAAUUACGUCUUGGCUAGACUUUAACUUGAAGGAGUUCCUUUAUUCAUUUGCUGCUGGGAAAUAAACCUUCAAUCCUUUCUCUCUCCUGAGAUUUUAUACUAUUAACACAAUUAAUUUCUGGUUUGGUUUUGGUAAAUCUAGGGCAAAGAGGAUCAGCAAGGAGCAUACUGAUUUCUAUUGGGAAACACUGUUCUGUACAUAUGUUAAUAAGUGCACAGAAAUUAAUGUUAUGCAGAAUAUUUUGAUAGUAACAUAGAAAAUAUGUCAUUUUGUACAACUGAAAAUUGCAAUGAGCUACUGCUAUUUGUUAAGAGAACCAUUUUUAAAGCAGAAGAAUGAUUAUUACAUCCUAACCCCAGGACUGUUAGUCUCCACAGAAUAAAUGGCUGUCUUAUUAAAUUCCUAACCUUAACCUUCCCUCAGAGAUAUAAGUAGCUGCAAGGGGGAGAGACACCCCACCACACAGAUACACACACCCAAUACUCCCUACAGCUUGUCACCUUGACCUAAACCUUCAA